AAAAAUUGAGUGUGUUAGUUAGAAAGUGCGCAAGCGCAUUAUGUUCUUUAUAACAGAAGUGUGUUGAGUGAUAUUGAAUGUGUUAGUUUGAUCACCCUGAGGACAGCCAUUGUGUUAUUGUUAUUUACGCAUAAGUCUUUCAGAAUUCGUGAUUAUUAAUCUCGUAUCAUACUGAAAGAAAUUGCGAGAUUAUUAUUUUAAUCUAUAUUUUCUACGAUAAAGAAUAAUGACAGAUAGAUCAAGUAAUGGAGAUUAUCAGCAUGAUCGAGAGGAGUCUCCAGAAAAUAAUUCUAAUUUGUCAAUGAAAAAAGAAGAAAAGGAUCAUCAAGUUGAUAAGGCUGGGGAAUAUGUAAGAGAACUUUUGCAAGAAAAAGUCGAAUUGGAUUCGCAAAAAUGGCCCAAUGCAACUCGCUUGAUUGAUCAAGAAAUACAAAAAACUCAGGCUAUUGGAAAGCCUUUAAGAGAUCCAAAAUAUGUUGAUAUUUAUCGUGAGAAACCAAUACGCAUUUCUGUUAAAGUCUUGGUUCCUGUUCGCGAACAUCCAAAGUUUAAUUUUGUCGGAAAACUAUUGGGACCAAAGGGAAAUUCCAUGAAACGUUUACAAGAAGAAACGUUGUGCAAGAUGGCAGUUUUAGGAAGAGGGUCAAUGAAAGAUCGACAAAAGGAAGAAGAAUGUCGUAUGUCUUUGGAUCCAAAAUAUGCUCAUCUAUCGGAUGACCUACAUGUAGAAAUAACAGCGUUAGCUCCACCAGCUGAAGCAUAUGCUCGUAUAGCAUUUGCACUCGCAGAGGUUCGCAAAUAUUUAAUUCCAGAUAAUAACGACAAUAUACGGCAAGAACAGAUGCGAGAAAUGGAACUUAGCAUGGCGGAUGAUUCAACAGUUUCUGAAGAUAGAAGACCUUCUGUUAGAGGUGUUCCUCCUACAGCAAGUGGUAUUCUUAGACCUAGUUCCAGGCCAACGCUGCCAAGGUCAUCAAGAGUUUCAGCUCCUGUUCUUCCUCCACCUUCCAAUCGUGGACCCAUCUCUCGACCAAUGGCUGCAAAGACUAAAAUUUUUUCAAUAUUAGACCGUGCACGAGCUGCUAUGGAUCAGAGUUAUGGCUAUGAGACUCCAACUCCGCCUUUAAAUAAUCGCGUAGGAACACAUGAUUACGAAUAUCAUCCAUCUUCGACAACAAAUACUCGAUAUGCAGAUCGUCAUUAUACGUCGACUGCAAGCGACGACAUGUAUCCUACUUCGAGAUAUUCUACCUAUGAAUACGAAGAAGAACCCGUGCCGCAUACAUCACAUGAUUAUUACGAAAUGCCAGAGUAUCCAGGUGUAUGAGAAAAUUCAAAAUUUCGCGUGGGAACGCGUACUUCUCGAUUGAAAUAUUUUUGAUCCUCCUGUGAUUCAUGGAACUCUAGGGGGGAUGUCUCGAUGAAACUAACGUGAGUAUACAAAGUUGCAUGCACAUUUUAUCUAUCAAUUUAACAUAAAUAAUCGAAACUUUAUAACGAUAAACAAAUGAAUCUUAAUGGGAAAAUUUGUUGAUAAUAUUUUUUAUUAUUGGCACAAUACGAUAUUCUUUUUUGUUUAAGUUUCUACGUUGUCUCAUUCCCAUUUUUGUUAUUAUUCGCAUGUGACAAUUAUCAGAGAGACUUUUUACAGGCAAAAAGAAACAGCAUCGUUUAUUACACGUGAUGAGAAGAAAAUUACAUCGUUUAAAAGUGGUCAGUGUGCAUAAAACUAAUAAUAAAGACGUUUUUUUUUAAAGUGUAUCUUUUAAAAAUUAGGUGUUCAUGUCCAGCAGGGGAGAGAGAGAGAGAGAGAGAGUUUUUUUAAAGUCUUCAGAGCAGCAUUGGGGUUGUAUUCUUCCAUUGUAUUUACUUUAUUUAUUUAUUUUUUUUUUUUCUUGAAAGAUAAAGUUUAUAUAUAUUUUGAAGGAUAAAA